CGAAUGGGUAUGAAAGGAGGGUCGAGCUAGUCCUCAAACCCUUUGAAGAAGAGGAUCCCUGGGGUGAUAAGGAUGUUCAGUGGAUGACGGAGUUAGCGAUGACCAGCUCGCAUAGUCUGGUGGAGGACACGAGGACGAUCGAGGAGGGACCAGGCCAGGUAGAACGGCAUGAGGACCUGAUGGGAGGAAUGUACCUUCUUGUCAACACGUUGUUGCAGGAAAGCCUCGACCAAUCAGGCUCGUUGAACUCGGCAGGGAAUGUGGACGAAGUGCCCGAGAGCCAGGAUGACGAGUUCGAGGAGGGGGAGAUUAAGGAGGCCUUUCGUGCAGAGGAGUAUGAUGGGAUCUACCUAGAGCUGGGACUUCUUUUGUCCUGCGAAAUGCGGCUAAGGGAUGCAAGCGAUAGGGCUCAGAGGAUGCUACAAUGCUACUUAGUGCGAGACGACCACCUUUUCGUGAGAAGAGAAGUGGGGAAUCCCAGGAGAGUCGUCUGCGGUAGGAAUUGUCAAAUCGAUGUCGUAGCAGCGCUUCACGAUGGCAUUGCAGGAGGGCAUCGAGGGGUACAAGCCACGUAUGCCAAGAUAAGUGAGCUGUACUACUGGGAUGGGAUGAUGGACAUGGUCGGGAAAUUCUGUCGAUCUUGCGUACCUUGCCAGGAAAUAUCCCGUUUAAGUCAAGGAGAGCCGCUGCAUCCAAGGCUAGAGCGAGAGGUGGGGGCUGUAGUGCAUCUCGAUCUACUUUUUAUGCCGCUUGGGGAUCAGGGCUAUAACUAUAUCUUCGAUGCGCGCGAUAACCUGUCCGACUUCGUAGACGGGCGUGCUAUUCGCACAAAGACCGGGUCAGUCCUGGUAAGCUGCAUCGAGGAGUACUAUCUACGCUAUCCUUUCGUCAAGGAAUUCGUAAUGGACAGGGGAUCGGAGUUUACCUGUCAGGAGGUGCAAGAAUUGUUAUCAAGGUCUAACUUUACGAAGACAGCCAUGCCAAGAGGAGGGAAGGGGACACGGCUGCCUCAGAGACCGUUGGGCGCAUCAGGAGGAUAUGAGCGACAUGGGUCUCGCCAUCGAGAGAGCACUCCAGAGUACGACGGUGGCGACAUCGAGCUAUUCCUAGACAGCUUCUGGGAGCAUGCGCGGCGUAUGGGUUGGACUGUGAUCCAGGGGAUUGAGAGGCUGAGGGCACAUCUGAGAGAGGCCUUUCGACGGCCAGAACCCCCUCAGCCCAGAAUUGAGAGCCGUCAGAGGAGUCAGAGGCAGAGGGACCCUGAGCCCAGAGAGGCGAGACCAUCUCGAGAAGGACGGAAGGCCCUAGCCAGGAGAGAAGAGGAACCGGAGCCGGAGCCAGAGGCUGAGGAGCGAGGGGCAUACCCUGAGUGUGGGUUGGGACUUGUGGAGUUCCAUCGGUUUACCGAGGGUGGAUUGAGGAGGUCGCCAACACGCACACAGGAGGAGCCGCCAACAUCUGAGGGGCCAUUGAGGGAGUUGGAGACGCAUUUGGAUAUCUCUCGGUGGAGGGUGUCGCCUCGGGGUGAAGAGCAUGGAGAGCAGGCAGAGGAGGUACCACGAGAGGAGGUACCACCACGAGCGGAGGUGCCACGAGAGGAGGUACCACAGGAGGAGGUACCACGAGAGGAGGUACCACGAGAGGAGGUGCCACGAGAGGAGGUGCCACGGGAGGAGGUCCAGGAUACUCAGCGAGAGAGAGGGUUGGGCGAUGAGGGGAGACGUGCAGGGAGGGAAGUGAUAGAGGUUGGAGAGGACACGCCCCCACAGACGCCAGCGGGGCCACCUAUGGGGAGGGUUAUCUUGGAGCCAGAGGAGGCGAGAGCCCAGAGACAGGCGGAGAGGGAGGCAUUCGAGUUCAGAGCCCCUACCGAGCUCGCGACGCUGCCAGUGGCGGCGACGAGCUCAGUUAUACCUUUGGCAGUAGAGGAGAGGCAGCCACCAUCUAGCAGUGAGUCGGCUCAAGGCUCAGCAGAGGGAUCCAUGGGUGUGCUCCUUAAGGCGGUGCAUACUAUGCAGGAGGAGGUGAGUUUGUUUUCACCCGAGCAGAGGAUACAGGAGCCUCUUGAGAGAGAGAUGGGGAUUGAGGCGGAGGGUGUCAUCGAGAGCGGGCUCCAAAGGUUGGGCACGUCUGAGUAUGGACCAGAGGAGAUUGAGGAGCAACCCAUGACAGUGCCAGGAGAGACACUCGAAAGGAGACCUCGGAGGUUGGACACGCCUGAGUACGUCCCAGCCACAGGGGAUUUGAGAAGCAGACUGGGAUAUUGGGCUACUGGAUCUGGGUCUGGGGGACCGGUUCCUGGGAUGGAGCAGCAGGAGGUUGUUAGUAUCACAACCCCUCGAUCAGAGCAGCAGGGGGUGGUCAGUACCUUGGUAGGAUCUCCUUCAUCGCCACCUCCUCAACCCAGGAAGAAGAAGUUUAAGAGGAAGGUUGAUAAGUUAUGCUUCUAAUGCAAGAGGGGCAUGCAUCUGGCUCU